AUGGCUUCUUCAUUCCUCAUCGUUGGUGCCACAGGCAAUACCGGCCGCAGUGUGGUCGAGACCCUUUCGAACCAACUUCAAGCCAGCAAGACCUUCUCCAGCUAUCGCAUCCUCGCCAUGACCCGUUCCGCAAACAGCUCCUCGGCAAAAGCACUGGCCAAAUUUCCGCAUGUAGAAAUUGUCGAAUACAACUGGACCGAGAUCACUACGGAGUGGCUGCGCGAACAUAAGGUUGCCAGAGCUUUCAUCGCUUCACACAAUGAGCCACCCCAUUUCGCGGAAGAGUCCACAUUCCACCUUGCGGCCCUUGGUGCUGGCGUCAAGUACGUUGCGCGCAUCUCCACGACAGCCGCAAAUGUUCGUCCAGACUGCAAAGCGUACUAUCCGCGUGCGCACUGGGCGAUUGAGGCCAUGCUUGAUUCGUCAGCCUUUGGAAGUAUGCACUGGUCAUCUCUGCAGCCCAAUGUGUUCUCACAACUCUACCUUGGCCCCGCUGCUGGACUCAUCAAAACCGUCCGCGAUGGCGGCAAGCAACACACACUUCGCCUGAUGGCGAACGCUGAUACUCCAGUUGGCAUCAUCGAUCCCUCAGAGGUUGGGGUCUUCGCUGCGCAUCUCCUACUCCAGGACGACACUUCUGCGCACAACAAGCGUAGGUAUGUCCUCAACGGCCCUGAGGAUAUCACGGGAAAUCAGAUCGUAGCGAUGGUUGAGAAGCAUAUUGGCGCCAAGGUCGAGGAUGUCAAGUUCCAAGACGUCUCGUUCAUAGACGACAUGGCUGCUGCAUCGAGCCACUCAAAGAACGUGAUAAAAACUAUUAAAUUUGCUCCGGAGACAGCAUGGGAGGGUCUGGCGAAGGCAGAGACAACAAGCAAAGAAGUACUGGAGAUUGCUGCGCCGAAGAGAACGCCUGCUGAUGUUAUGGAGGAGUUGUUACAGUAG